UAGAACACUACAGUUGAGUAAAAAAGAAAAAAAAAGAAAAACUGAUCCCCCCUGUACACGUAACGCAAGCAGGCCGGGCUUGCACAGACACAAACUCCUCUCUUUAGCUCCAAAUCGCAGCGAUCGCUCCCCUCGGAUUCUCUUUACCUUUUCAGUUUUUCCUUCUACUCACCGAAUUUCGAAUCUCUAAAACCAGAGAAAGUUGCAGAGAAAGUUGCAGAGAGAGAGAGAGAGAGAGAUGUGGGUGUUCUAUAUGAUCUCGCUGCCUCUAACGGUAGGCAUGGUGAUUUUCACGCUGCGGUACUUCGCGGGACCAGAGGCCCCUCGAUACGUGCUCUUCACCGUCGGAUACACCUGGUUCUGCUCUCUCUCCAUCAUCGUCCUCGUCCCCGCUGACAUCUGGGCGACUAUGCAUAAUAACCAGAAUGGAGGGAUUUCUUUCUUUUGGAGCUGGUCAUAUUGGAGUACGUUUUUACUUACUUGGGCUGUGGUGCCCCUUAUUCAGGGUUAUGAAGACGCUGGAGACUUCACUGUGAAAGAAAGAUUGAAGACUAGCCUACAUGCUAACUUCAUCUUUUACAUAGUUGUGGGAUCUAUUGGCCUCUUUGGACUUAUUCUCCUCGUUCUGAUGCGUAAGAAGGGGGUUAGUGGUCUUCUGGGUUUAGCCAUGGGCUGCUCAAAUACUUUUGGACUUGUUACAGGUGCAUUUCUUCUUGGCUUUGGCUUGAGUGAAAUUCCAAAAAGCAUUUGGAAAAAUGCAGACUGGACCACCCGUCAAAAAGUACUCUCUCAUAAAAUUGCGAAAAUGGCUGUUAAGCUUGAUGAUGCUCAUCAAGAACUUUCAAAUGCUAUUGUAGUUGCUCAGGCAACGUCCAAUCAGAUGUCAAAGCGGGAUCCUUUGAGGCCCUAUAUGGAUGUUAUCGAUAAUAUGUUAACUAAAAUGUUUAAGGAAGAUCCAGCCUUCAAACCACAAGGUGGCCAAUUAGGGGAAAACGAUAUGGACUAUGAUACAGAUGAAAAAUCAAUGGCAACACUUAGGCGUCACCUUCGACAAGCUCGAGAGGAGUAUUACCGUUACAAAAGUGAGUAUAUGUCAUACGUCAUGGAGGCUCUUGAACUGGAGGAUACAGUAAAAAAUUACGAACGUCGUUCUUCAACUGGAUGGAAGUACGUUUCUAGCCUUAAACCUGCUCGAACUGGCAAAAUAGGGUCUCUCAUUGAUACCGCAGAAUUUUUAUGGCGAUGCAUCCUCAGAAAGCAACUUGAGAAACUGUUGGCUAUCAUACUUGGUAUCAUGUCAGCUGCAAUUCUAUUAGGAGAGGCAACUUUACUAUCUAGUCGAGUGGAUCUAUCUCUUUUCUCAAUCCUUGUAAAUUCAGUUAGAAACCAAGAAGUUCUUGUGCAGGUCUUUGCCUUUGUUCCUCUGAUGUAUAUGUGCAUAUGCACAUAUUAUUCCUUGUUCAAAGUUGGAAUGUUUAUGUUUUACUCAUUGACGCCAAGGCAAACAAGCUCAGUUAACUUGCUUAUGAUAUGCUCGAUGGUUGCUCGGUAUGCUCCUCCGAUUUCGUACAACUAUCUCAAUCUCAUCAGUCUUGGUUACAAAGUAUAUACUAUAUUUGAAAAGCGAAUGGGGACCAUCGACAAAGUUGUUCCUUUCUUUGGAGAUGAGUUUAACAGAAUCUAUCCACUUAUCAUGGUGAUAUACACCCUCUUGGUUGCUAGCAAUUUCUUUGACCGUGUAAUUGAUUUUUUUGGGAGCUGGAAGAGGUUUAGAUUUCAAACUGAGGCAGAUGAUAUGGAUGGAUUUGAUCCAUCUGGAUUAAUUAUCCUACAAAAAGAACGUACUUGGCUUGAACAAGGGCGCAAAGUUGGUGAACAUGUUAUUCCAUUGGCAAGGAAUUUCAACGGUACAGAUGUUGAGUCCGGCAGCAAUAGCACAGAUAGAACCACUGUUGAAAUGAAGGCUACAACUGGCUUAACCCAUGAUGGUAUGCAUGAAAUUCCUUCAAAGAUUUUGAAGGAAGAGGCUCGUAGAUACAGCUCAAGCAAAGAAGUCAUCAGCAACAAGUAUGCUGCUAUAAGAGAACAGAGUAGACAAAAAGGAUCUUCCAAUAUAGAGCCAGUAGGGAAGAACAUUGCCUCGGCUAAGGUCUCCUUGCUUGAUGCGGGCAACUCGCGCUCUGGUAAUAUUACAGGUGGGCCUUCUUCUGGUUUGGCCUCAACUUGGGAAUCCAUGAAGACUGGUUUUCAAAGUUUCAAGACGAACAUAGGGGCUAAAAAAUUUAUUCCCUUGCGCCAAACUCAGGAAACUAAACUUGUCUCUCGUGAUUCCUCAUCUGAGUCUCUUGACGAGAUAUUCCAGAGAUUGAAACGGCCGUCUACUGACCAUAGGAGUUCUGGUGAUGAGGACGAACAUGAGAUUGAAGUCAAGAAUUCAGGCCCCAGUACAUAAUAUCCAUAAUCUGUCUGAAGAAAUGAAUGUCAUUGUUUUAGAAUUGGGAGAGCUUGCCUAGAAGAUGUACAGGUCCUGCAUUUGGCUGAUUCUGUGGUGCUUACAGAUUUUUUUGGCAAUUGGAUCCCUCCAAUAUAACUGAAAUCUGGGAGGACUGUUAUACUAAAAACUACAUACAUUUAUCUGCAGCUAGUGCUAGUUGAAGGACUCGAAGAUAAUAGGAAAGUGAAAGCAGGAUACGUUUCAUAAGCAUGAUCUGUAAAAAGAAAGAACAGUUGGAAAUUUUUGUAAUUUGAAUUGUAACAGUAAUAUAGCUUUGUGCAUUUACUUCCCCUACUGGGGAAUACUGGAAAAUUGUAACGAUUGAAUUUUCAGAAAUCAAAGAUGACAUUUUGAUAGUACA